AUGGGGCGCGGUAUGUGGACGAGCAGCAACCGCGACGGCCAGAACUCGACCAGGUCGAACAGACGCAAGCGCAUCUCGAUAACGGGUGGGCCUAUGUUGCGGUACAAAUACCUGCGCAGGUGUCUGAUCAACCUGGUAAUUCUGUACCUUGGCAUCAUCUCGGCGGCGUGCUUCUUUGGUGGUGUCACCAUCUAUUUGGCUGCUGUCGUGGACGAGAGCGCGGUGCGUGGGCCCGACUCUGCCGUGCACUCGACUGCGAUCGCCGGUAGCAAAGCGGCAUGGGUUUCAGCUGUGUUUAGUGUGCUCGCCAUUGGGUCGAUCAUUUUCCGCAACGUGGACAACACCCAGCCGGGCGCGAGUCAGAAUAGUGGCGAGGGAGGCGGCGGGGUAGGGAACGGGUUGAUGAGGAGGUUUAACAAGCAUGCUUCGUCUGGGACGGGGUCCGAAGCGGAUGAGCAGGGAGAGGGUGUGGCAUGA